UUCAUUGGAAUCCCUUUUUUUUGUAUAUAUAUAUAAUAUAAAAAAAGUCGGAGUUUGCUCCAUUCCAACGGAUUUGAACAUUGUCUCGUGUGUUGGUACCAGUCCAGUUCAGCCCCUGUUCGCCGGGAUGUUGAGCUCAGAUCAGACUGACCUGGACCUGAACCCAAGCUCAUCCGAGACCGAGUCGGUGCUGUCUGACGCCCGGGGCGGCUGCAUGCGGGACAAGCCGGAGGAGGCGGAGGGCAAGCGGGGGGUGCAGCAGACACUGAGCCGGGAGGAGAAGCGCCGUCGGCGGAGAGCCACCGCCAAGUACCGCACGGCUCACGCCACCCGGGAGCGCAUCCGAGUGGAGGCGUUUAACGUGGCCUUCGCAGAACUUCGUAAAUUGCUUCCGACUCUCCCACCGGAUAAGAAACUCUCCAAAAUCGAGAUCCUCCGCCUGGCCAUCUGCUACAUCUCCUACCUGAACCAUGUCCUGGAUGUCUAAUAGGGGCGGUCGGUGAGGGCAAAGCAAAGAAA